AUGAGGACUAAUGGAAGAUCUGAGGCAGAUUUGAUCAGCAAUCUGCCUUGUAGUAUCAUAGAGAACAUUCUUGGAUGCUUGCCCCUGCGAGAUGCCGUAAGAACGAGCAUUUUGUCAAGAGAAUGGAGGUACAAGUGGAUAACAUGUCCAGAACUCGUUUUCGAUUUCUGGUUUGAUCAAAUGUUCCUAGGAAACCACAAACUCGAGAUGAUUAUAUACCAAAUUCUUAGACUUCAUCAAGGACCCCUGCUUAAAUUUGCCCUCCAAGUCCCUGAUUUUCGAAGUUGUCCCGAUAUUGAUCAAUGGAUUGAUCACCUACCAAAUAACAAUAUCCAGGAUUUCACUCUUCAUAUAUCUAGGGGGGACAAGCAUGUAUUACCUUCUUGUCUAUUCGCUUUCCAGCAGUUAAGGAAUUUGAAACUCUACAAAUGUGCAUUCAAUCCCCCUCCCGGGUUCAAAGGAUUCAGUAAGCUUGUGAACGUCGAUCUUCAGAAUGUUGAACUUGAUCCCGUAACAUUUGCAAAAUUUAUUGCUCUUUGCCCCAAUCUUGAAAGAUUGAGAUUAAUGGAUUGCACCGGUUUUGAUUGCCUCGAAAUCAAUGCUUCCAAAUUGAAAUUUCUCGAGUUCCAUGGGGUAUUUAAAUCCGUCUCUUUCAAGAACUGCUCCAGCCUCGCUGAAGUUAAAUUAUCUUUCUCUUCCAUGGAUUUCAAAACUGGAAACCGCUUUUCGUUUGAUUUGAUCAAAUCUCUAAGCUGUCUGCCUGCGCUCGAGGAACUGCAUCUGCAGGCUUAUGUGUUGGAGGACCUCACAGAAUUUGGUGCACCUAAGAAACUUCCAGUGGCUUUGAAGACCCUGAAAACUCUUCACCUGUCUGACAUGUAUUUUGAAAAGAUUGAAGAAAUCUCAUGUGCCAUUUGCUUGAUCAGAAGCUCUCCCACUUUACAAAAGCUUAAAAUUACAGCUUUUACUUUCGACGUGGUGGAAGCUGUUGCAGAAUUUCUCCGAGGACAAAAAAUUUCAGACGGAUCUUUGGCUCAGCUCAAAACAGUGGAUAUGCAACUCUUUUCAGGGAUAGAGUCUGAAAUGGAGUUUGUUAAGUAUCUAUUGGCAUCUGCCACUGCACUCGAGGAAAUGGCAAUCACGCCUCAUGCUGGAAGCGUUUCUGAUGGAGGAGAAUCAAUAUUGAAUGAACUUAAACAAUUUCCUAGAGCAUCACCAAAAGCAGAGAUCAUUAAUUCUGAAAAGAAGGCCUGGUAA